AUGAACGGAGAGGAAGAAGCGGAUUUGGCAGAGAUCGGCGUGGUGCAGCCAGAUGACAUGCAGUGCCCAGCACUGACCAUGGCCUCUUACGCAAGCCCCGACAUCCAGCUGUGGAUGGGCAGUGCUGCAGUGCAUUUUCAAACUGAUGAGGCAGAGGGCUAUGAUAUCUCUGGUCAAGGCUUACCUGGCAUCCCUGAUGAGCUUCCCAGCUCCACUCUGGAUUUCAGCUUUAACUACCUGCCAGCCAUUAACAACACCACUUUUGUUAGGCUGAAGGAGCUUGUCUCAAUGAAUCUAACCAGAUGCAAAAUAAACUAGAUAUUUGAGGAUGUCUUGUACCACCAAACGGACCUAGAACUCUUGAUAGGAAACUAGUUAAUGUUUUUGUUGGAUGAUGCUUUUGUAGGACCUAAAUCCUUGAAACAUCUUAGUUUAACUCUGACAUCAAUGGAUGAUCUGAAAUUCCUCCUCUCAAUGCCAGCCUUCGACGUCAGCUUCGAAGGCAACAUCAUUGUGUACAUUAAACCAAAGGCCUGUCACUUCAACAGCCUAGAUUUCAGUGACUGUCUAAGCAAAGGAGAUAUUUCAAUAAUCUUAGCCGGAUUAGGAGUUCAGACCAACAUUCUCUCUCUGGGGGUCUAUAAGGACAGCCCACCUGCCACCAUGCGGGCUGAGUCCCUUUACGCUUUCUGUAACACCACUGAAUGAACUGAGCCUCUAAAUACAGCACUUCCCAGAUCUGACGGAUGACGCCUUCAGAAGCUGGACCUCACCAGGUCUCAUCUCCACUCCCUGCCGGCCUCCAUCGCCAAGAUGGCAUCUCUUACCCACCUCAUCCAGAACCAGAAGAGCUUUAACGACCUGUGUCAGACCAACACGUCUCGCUUCCAGCUGACUGUUCUGUCUGUGAAGGGCAACUAGGCCCAAAAGCUGACCUUCGGGAUGGACUUUAAAGAGAGCUGCCAGAGGAAUGCCACCAAGGCGGAGCUCAGUGCUGUGAAGUCCAGCUACAACUUCCCAGCAACUUCCAUGAAGUGGGGGAACCAGCCAUUCAACAAGAUGUCAGGGUUGAUAGAAUUGGACUGCAGUCAUUUGAAAGUCACCCGCAUUAACCACACUGCAGCAGGUGGUCCUCUCCGAAGGCUAAAUAUCUCAUGGAAGUUUGGUGACUUCAGUGUCCAGUGGAACCUUCUGGAAGUUCUGAUAAGCCUGGAGAGUCUCAAAUUGAGGGGUGGUUCCUUUAAGGACAGGAUUGUUUCUAAUGGUGAGAUGUUUAUACAUGUUCCUCUUCUAUAGAGGCUGGUUUUGGCAGUGUGUGACAUCGUAUCUGUUAAGAAUGCAUUUCGCUACCUCACCAACCUGGCGUAUGCAGAUCUUAGUGGUAAUAAACUAGUUGUAGCCAGUAUGAAUGCAUUCUCCACACUGAAUAAUGUCCUGCUAAAUUUAGCCAUGAAUCAGAUAGAAAUGGUUGACAUAGACUCUGUCAAAGCUUUAACAGAAAAGAGCAAAAUUGACCUGAGUGACAACCCUUUGGCAUGCAACUGAUCCAAUAUUCAAUGAAUUGGUUGGAUUCAGAGCAAUGCAAAUAAAGCAUGUUAG